GCGCCGUAGGGGGGUGGAGGCGGAAGUGGCGGCGCCGGCCCCGGGAGUAGGAAGGAGCCGGGGCUGCAGCCGGAGUGGAGCGGCUGCCAGCCGAGGAGCAGGCGCGGCCGCGGCGCCAUAUUGCGGCCCCAAGCGGCCGCGACCGAGUCAUGGCCGAGACCUACGACUUCCUCUUCAAAUUCCUGGUGAUUGGCAGCGCAGGAACUGGAAAAUCAUGUCUCCUUCAUCAGUUCAUUGAGAAUAAGUUCAAACAGGACUCCAACCACACAAUCGGCGUGGAGUUUGGAUCUCGCGUGGUCAACGUGGGUGGAAAGACUGUGAAGCUACAGAUUUGGGACACAGCCGGCCAGGAGCGGUUUCGGUCGGUGACACGGAGUUAUUACCGAGGCGCGGCUGGAGCUCUGCUGGUGUAUGACAUCACCAGCCGGGAGACCUACAACUCGCUGGCUGCCUGGCUGACGGAUGCCCGCACGCUGGCCAGCCCCAACAUCGUGGUCAUCCUCUGUGGCAACAAAAAGGACCUGGACCCGGAGCGUGAGGUCACUUUCCUGGAGGCCUCCCGCUUUGCCCAGGAGAACGAGCUAAUGUUCCUGGAGACUAGUGCCCUCACGGGUGAGAACGUGGAGGAGGCUUUCCUGAAGUGUGCCCGCACCAUCCUGAACAAGAUCGACUCAGGUGAGCUCGACCCCGAGAGGAUGGGCUCAGGCAUUCAGUAUGGGGACGCAUCCCUCCGCCAGCUGCGGCAGCCUCGGAGUGCCCAGGCCGUGGCCCCUCAGCCCUGUGGCUGCUGAGACGUCCGGAGCCAGCUCACCUGUUCUCCAGGACCAGCCCUGCCCUCUGGCUGGGGCCUAGCCCCAGGCCCUGGGAGGCAGAGCCCCUCACCUGUCCUGGCCCCAGAGAAGCUGCCCCGCCACCUAUCCCCCUUCCCUGGCCUGGUGGGGCCUGGCUGAGGGGCAAGACUGAGCCACGGGGGAAGGGGGAAUCCGUACCUGCUGCUGCUUCCUCUGUCUUGGCUAACCCCUGUCCCCCCUGAAACCCUAACCGUACUCUAAGAGUUCCCAAAGCCUGAGACCAGGGCAAUUGGCCCCAGCUCCCCGCCUGGCCCUGCCAUUGCGAGUAUGUGUUAUUUAUUGCCUGGAGGCCUGUUCAGUCCCUACUCCACCUCCAUAAAGCAUUGUUUACACCUGC